AUGAGCGCAAACGUCAGCUGGGAGACGGACGGUGUUCAUCAGCUCGGUGGCGGAAGCUUGGACGACCUGCUGCGACCUGCGCCAGUGCCAUGGAAGUCGAGCCUACUCAGCGAGUCGGCAAGCAGUACCUACAGCGACACAGACUUAGCGGCCCGCAAGCUCGAUCUCAGCCGAUCAUAUGGAACCACAAAGCUAGAUGGGAACGAGUACGGGCGCCUCGAUAGCUCCUGGCUCGGCAUGAGCAAGCCAACUAACGAGCUUGGCCUGAGCAUUUCCGAUCUGCCGAGCUUCCAAUCUAACCUGGCAUUACGACGCUCGGAUAGCAAGCGAGACUACGCAGUUCCGAUACUGAACCUUGGUCUGUCGAGGACAGUGUCUGAUCAGUCGGCACCCGAUGAAUGCUUGCCUACGCCCGCGCUAUCCAGCUGCUCGCUGCCAUCGCAAGGCGAAGGCAUCAGCAGCGACGUACGUACCGCGAGACUCUCACAUAUGCCUUCCGUUUCUCGUACGACGAGUGAUUCGAGCAACAGCAGCAAUGCGUCAGUGCAGCAGUACCCUCAACCAUCGCCGUCACACUAUGAUAUGCAGACGCCGCUCAAAGAUGCGUCAAGCCAACGGCAGCACUUCGCACACGGGAAUUCGUACGAUCCUGAUUCGCCUUUUAAUAAUACUCUGCCGCCGCAGGAGCACAUGCGCUUCCUGCAGACCGUCAAGCGCGACGGAUUGAAAAGUCAUCUAAUGGGUACAGGGCUCGACGGCGGCUUCCUGACAUCGCCACUGUGCUUUGCACGAAAUGGCAACGAGGCGCCACAGGUGCCCAUGACGAUCUCCCAGCGUGCGCCUAGUAAGCUUGCGCAGGCUGUUGAGCCAUCAAGUCCGAUCGUAUCUACCUCACAAGAGCACAAUGACGAAUCGCAUGCUGAUCUACCGCCAGCCGAGAACCGACUCGACCAGUACUAUCGUUACCAGGCCAGUCGCGCAUUAUCGCCUAGUCUUGAUAACGCAGCACCGGACCGAACAGAAGCACGGCGAAGCGUAACACCUGUACACGACGACGAGAGCAGACUGAUUCGACCAAAAGGUAGCAAGAAACGAUUGCGUCUGACGCCGUCCAAGUCGCGAUUGCGUCCCAUCGAGCCAAUAGAGCAGCAUGCGCUCCUCAUGCCCGACGAGCACGCUUCGAUGCCAAUGAUACUCUCGCCAAGUGUUCGACCUUUGCCUGUUCCUGUCAAUUCGCCUACCGUCGACGCUCACCGUGCGCGAAGCAUGCCGAUAGACCUUGAGGAACUCUGCAAUCUCGGAUUAGGCGAAGGCGACUUUCAUAGAAGCCCGGCGCAACAACUGAUGUCGCCACCUGGCGAUGCAGCGGCUGAUCCUUUCUUUCUCGAGCACUCGGAUCAUCAGCUGGAUCACUUCUUGGCUAGUCCGACCGUCUCCGUCCAUUCCCUCUUUCUCAGUCCAUCAAUGAGCCCUUCUGCGCAGCAGGGCUUUAGCAGCUUUGGCUCUGCCGCACAAGACUUCUUCGACAGUUCGAAGACGCCUGCCGUACCUGCAAUUCCUUCGCAGUAUCUAUCAUCUGCGCAGCCCAUCGUUCAGAUAGACUAUCCGAGCGAACGGCCUAAAGGACGAUCUGUAUCACUUGCGCCGCCCGAAAAACCGCGACAGGUCCAGCGCAAGCGGAGCCACAUCGAUAUGGAGCAAGCGCAAGCGCAGCAACAGAGAGCAGUGUCCGAAGAAGUCACUCUUCUGAGUCCAAGCACGCUGGCUCGACGAGUCAUCUCUGGCGCGACGUAUCGUCGCUUGAAGCCUGGACCGAAGCCGAAGCGAUCUAUCUCUUCCAAUGGCGUUGUCUACCCGCCCUGUGAGCCUCGCGGAUCAACAUCGCCCUUGCCGGCAGCGGAAGUCACGCUCAAUCCUGUCGUCGUCCUUGCGGGCGGAGAGACGGCGGUGCUCGACAUGACACCCUUGCCCGAUGAGGAAAACGAAGACACGGGACCACCUGGAUCUUCGCUACCCCGUUCGGUCAUCGAAUCGCUCUACAAGACGGUGUCGAUCAAGGUGAAUGACACACGAGGGGAGAAGGAAGAAAGGCGGUAUGUGUGUCUGGUCGAUGGGUGCGAGCGCGAAUUCCCACGACGGGGUGCUAUUGCGAGCCACAUCCAAACGCAUCUCGAAGAUAAGCCGUUUGUAUGCUCUGUCGGUGACUGCAAAUCGUCAUUUGUGCGAAGUCAUGAUUUGAAGCGCCACGAGCGAAUCCAUUCCGACGUCAAAUCGUUCCUUUGCCCUUGUGGCAAGGGCUUUGCACGAGGCGACGCGCUUCAACGUCAUCGCGUCCGGGGUAUCUGUGUGGGCUCGAUUGUUCCCCUCAAGCGAGCCCUCUAA